UCAGAAAACAGAGGAGAGCGGGGUCGUCCUCUCCUCCUCGGACAUGUGGUGUGCUCAGCAGCAGUUGUAGCAGCAAGAGGUGGUGGCGGCGACGGCGCGACGUAGCCUUCCACGUCUUUGGGGCUUCUUUUGUCUUUUAAUUUACUCUUUUUGCGUCCUUCGGUUAUGAGCUUGCUGGGGGCCUACAAGAAAAAGACCAGUUACGAUGGCUAUGAAUCUUUGCAGUUGGUCGAUAGCGGUGGAGACAGCUUCAGUGUCGGCAGAGGGAGCAGCGGGAGCAGCGCACUCGGAGGCUCCAUAGCGGCCACACUUGGACCGAAGGCAGGCCCGCUGAGAGAGGAAGACUGCAGCACCAUGGACAGCUCAGGUCCCUUGUCUCCAGAUAUGGACGCCAACUAUGGCGGAGGACUGUUGGAUAUGGUGAAGGGAGGAGCCGGCAAGUUCUUCAGCAACUUCAAAGACAACCUGAAGGAUACGCUGAAAGACACCUCCACCAAGGUCAUGCAUCAAGUUGCCACGUACACUAAAGGGGAGCUGGACAUUGCCUACAUCACAUCACGGAUUAUAGUGAUGACAUACCCAGCAGAGUCAGUGCAGAUUGGCUACCAGAACCAUGUAGAGGACAUCCGAUCCUUCCUUGAUAGCCGCCAUGCCGACCACUACACUGUCUUCAACCUAUCACAGCGCAACUACCGCGGCGCCAAAUUCUCCAACAGGGUUUCAGAGUGUAACUGGCCCUCUCGCCAGGCUCCCAGCCUCCACAACCUGUUUGCUGUGUGCAAGAACAUGCACAAUUGGCUCAAACAGAAUCCCAAGAAUGUGUGUGUCAUCACCUGCUCGGAUGGUCGUGCUCCUUCGGGUGUUUUGGUUUGUGCCAUGUUCUGCUUCUGCCACCUAUUCAACAACCCAGUUCCUGCUAUGCAGCUGCUCAGCGCCAAGAGACCAGGUUCUGGCCUCUGGCCCUCACAUCGCAGGUACAUAGGCUAUGUGUGUAGCAUGGUAUCAGAGAAGCCCAGUCUACCCCACUCCAAGCCCUUGAUGAUCAAGGCCCUCACUAUGAGUCCGGUUCCCUUCUUCAACAAGCAACGUACCGGCUGUCGGCCCUUCUGCGACGUCCUCAUCGGAGAGACCAAAAUCUUCACCACUUCACAGGAGUAUGAGAGGAUGAGAGAGCACAGGGUUCAAGAGGGGAAGGUAGUUUUCCCUCUGGGUGUAAGCGUUCAAGGUGAUGUUGUAGUUUCUGUCUAUCACAUGAGGUCAACCAUUGGAGGACGUCUGCAGGCAAAGGUGUCCAACACCCAGAUCUUCCAGAUCCAGUUCCACACUGGCUUCAUUGCUCCUGGAACCACCAUGUUAAAGUUUAACAAACCAGAGCUGGAUGCAUGUGACUCUCCCGAGAAGUAUCCCCAGCUCUUCCAUGUGAUUUUUGACGUGGAGGUCGAAGGGGUGGACAAGCAGAAAGACCUGACGCCACCGUGGGAGCAGUUCCCCUGUAAAGACCUCAACCCCAGUGUGCUUUUCUCCUGCCACCAGGAACAUCAGGACGCGCUUGCUAUUGCUGAGCCAACCAGGCCCCAUGGAGGCCCAGAUGGUAAGGCCCAUGGUGAAGAAAGUGAGCCCUCAGAUGAUGAGAUGCUGUCUCUUUCCAGUCAGCGAAGCAGCACCAGUACAGCCCCCCAGAAACCCGACCCCCCUGGUCCAACACAUGCUGCCCAAGCACCCGCUGAGGAAGUGGAUCUUCUUGGACUUGAUGGAGGGACUCCAUGUCCCUCAUCUCAGCCUCUGAGUACUGCAGCUCCAACUACUGACCUCCUUGGGGACUUGUUUGGGGCUCCUCCCCAGCCAACCAGUGGGGCUUCAUCCACCCAGUCCACACCACACAAAGUAGCCCCCAGCACCGCCUCACCAUGUCCCUCUCCUGCCCCAGCGUUUGAUCCCUUUGGGGCGGGUCCCAUGCCUAAGCCUCAGGACAUGAUGGGCUCACUCCUUGGACCAGGUAACAUGGGGCAGCCAGACCCCUUCCUGCAUGCUACUCGCUCUCCAUCACCCACCAUGCAACCUACAAGCCUGGGUCGGAGUUCCCCCAUCCCGCCCACCACUCCAACUGUCAACAUUCAGCAACAAAAUGCCAUGGGAGGCUGGGACUGGAACAGGACCGCUACCACAAACACAGGAGCUGGAUUCGGUAUAGGCAGUCGAUCAGCCACUACCAGCCCCACAAGCUCGGUCAACAGCACCCCCACCCAUCAAACCAAGCCAAACACCCUGGACCCAUUCGCUGACAUAGGCAACCUGGGGGGAAGCUUUGGAGGGGGCUCUGGCUUCUCCAGCAAGCCCACCACUCCUACAGGAACAACCCCUUCAUUUCCUCCCAUGGGCUCCCCGUCGCGGCCUCCUCCAUCUCCCCAGCACACAGGAGGAUGGCAGCCCCAAACGGGAGCUGGCUUCCCCUCGUGGCAGCCUGGUGCUGGAGGUGGUGGAGGAUGGCAAUCCCAAGGACAAGGCCCUACCCCACAGCCAAAACCCAGCCCCAGCCACACCUCCAUGCCUCACACGUCGCCCCAGAAUCGACCCAACUAUAACGUCAGCUUCUCUGCAAUGGGAGGAGGCUCACCCAGUGCUGGAGUCAAAGCACAGAGUGCCAUGGGUACUAAGCCCAAGGCCUCGGCCGCCAACUUUGAUGACCUGCUCUCUGGUCAGGGCUUUUCAGGGACCAAAGAGAAGAAAGGGCCCAGGACUAUAGCAGAGAUGAGGAAGGAGGAGAUGGCCAAAGAGAUGGACCCUGAGAAAAUAAAGAUUCUGGACUGGAUCGAGGGGAAGGAGCGUAACAUCCGUGCCCUGCUGUCCACCAUGCAUACUGUGCUGUGGGAGGGAGAGACACGCUGGAAGCCUGUGGGCAUGGCUGACCUGGUUACUCCAGAACAGGUCAAGAAGGUCUACCGCAAAGCAGUCCUUGUCGUCCACCCAGAUAAGGCGACAGGACAACCCUAUGAACAAUAUGCCAAGAUGAUUUUCAUGGAGCUAAAUGACGCCUGGUCGGAAUUUGAAAGCCAAGGACAAAAACCCCUCUACUGAGGAAAGAGUGAUAGGAAGUGAGUGAUGAGAGUGAUGUCCCUGCAGAUUCUGUUAUCUAACCUGAAAUGUGUCACCACUCUGGUCAACAUACUACAGCCACAACCCACAACAUCUGCCUUUAUACCUGUGCUUUGACCCAUGCUUCUCUUCUCUUUGCGACACGCAAACACAAAACAUCCAGUUGGCUGCAGAACUACAGUGUCCAGACUAAACAGUGUAAGAAAAGACUCCCUGUACUGUAGCUCCAGUUUAUCUACCUACUCUUUGUGGUGCAACAUUGUCCUUCCUUGUCGAUUGUCCAUAGCCCUGAACCUACCCACCAAUCAAAGCAGAGUCACCGGGAUGUCUGACAAAACAGAGCAACUCUUGAUUCUCAGAUAGACAAUAAUCACACAAGAUAAGAUAGACAAACAAAUCAGUGAGUGAAAAUGAACAAGCUUUUUUCUUUCUUUUUUUUUUGCAGGCUGCUCAAAAAAAAUAAUUCAGAGCGCUAACUAGUCUGUAAGGCACAGCAAACAUUUAGCAACAAUCAAGUCAUUUUCAACACAUUCUCUUCAGGAAGUAGAUUUAACUAUGUACUGCAUGUGAAAAUUGAAAAUAUUGUGAUAUCUAAUCCAGUUUUGAAAUGAAACUACAAAAAAAGGAACUGCAUCAUAAAUGUAUAUUUUUCUCACUGAUUGAAGUGAAAUUGAACUUACACCAAACCUGUUUUUCUUCACAAAUUGGCUGUUUUGAAAUACAAAUGAGCAAUUAUCUGUCUAAUUUAGAAAGUUUCAUGAAAGUGCAAAAGGAUGAAAGCAGAGAACCUUUGUUGCUUUUGAGACUAAUACUGAAAAUGAAAAAAACUAAUUAAGAUUUUUGUGGGUCUCUACAAUAAAAACACAUGUUAGAAGGCUGCUAAAAAAUUUCCACUCCUGACUUAGUAUUAAUAUGGUGGACGAAACAUAGCGGUGAUAUCAUUGGUACGUCUGAUCUUAUCGAGUCGUGUUUUUCUGUGUUUGCUGCAAAUUGGACAUUGUAUAUUUUAGGAUUAGCACAUGUACAGAUCCAUACGUGAAGCACCUUGAGGCCUCAUGCAUUCUCGCUCAUACAGUAAGAUGUAUUUUUGCAUGAUCGCAACCGGGGGAGCUCAGUGAAAGCACAAACUGACUACUUUAAUCUGUGCAGCUUUGAAGGAAAGUCAUUGUUAUUUAUUUAUUCAUUCAUUUUUCUUCAUGUUCAUUUUUGAUUUGUGCAUCAGGGCUGCUCCAUUUGGGUUCAAACUAAAUGCACAUGUCCUUAUCUUGUGUUUUUAAAGCUGAAUAUUUUUUGGACCAUUUUCUUUCAUUCACCAACUGACUAACUGACAAACUAGCAAGGGGAGUACCUUGUCAGACCAUAUCACAGUUUUUGUCAGUAUAGCAUUUUAUAGACUUCACUAUUGUUUUCCAAACUACAGCAAUCACAUAACUGUGCUCAAACAUCAGUCCAACAAACUCCCUACGAUGCAAUAAGAGUCAUGAUUUGAUUUUGCAGACAUGGAUGAUUUUGUCAUAAGACGGCCUGUAAAUCAUGUCAAACUGAUGAGUGAAUGAAUGUGCUGUACUGUAUCUUAUAUGUUCAUAUUUUAAAUUCCUAAUUUCACUAAGAUUCUACAUAUCUGCUCUCACUAUCACAGUCAAAACUGGUUUAUUUGCAGCAGCUGCAAUAUUUUUUUCUUUUAUUACUUUAUAUCAUUUGUUUACCUUUGUGAGACAUUUCUGUCACAGCACUGACACUUUUAUUUAUAAUAAUCAUGCAGCUUUUGUCUGGACAGUUAAUACAGGUACUGUAUCAUAUCAAGUGUGAGGUACAGCACAUGUGGCUCAAUGUGUCAACCUUUUGUUAGGAGCUGUACAUGUUGCAGGUGCUGUUUCUAAUAGUUUGAAUCCAAUACAGAUGUGAACUUAAAUCUCUCCUCAUAUAAUUUCAUUAACAUACUGACUGAUGUGAUUGUUCCUCUGUAUAAUGUUCUCUCCCAUGCCUUUGGUACAUGUUUUAGGGAUAUUACCUCCUUGUGUAAAAGUUUUUUAAAACCCUGGGAUGAAGCCCAUGGGCCAAUGACAGAAAUAUAUAAGAAAACAGUAAAUAUAUAUGACUUAAUAUUAUCGUGAAGGAAAUUAAGCAAUUCUCAAUUUUUGAAAACACAAUUUGGUGGUUUGAGGUUCUCAAAAGAUACUAAUAUGAUUGUGACUCUAUACCAUUCUCAUCUUUCAGCUUUGUUUAUACAAACGUUCUACUGUAAAAUCCACUUAAAUGUUUACUGAUUAAAAAAUAAAAUGUGUCUUGAAUCAUUUUUAACGCACAAAUUGAGCAAAAUAUCUGCCUUUAUGUUUAAGUUCUUAACAUCAUUACUGUUUUCAUGCUUUCUGUGUGUUUUGGAGAUUGAGUUGAUGGAUAAGAUACUUAACCAUCAUAAUGUCCCUUUGUUGGAAUUCAUUUUUAUCCAUUAUUCUCACUUUGCUCAUCUACACUUAGGAUGUUGAGUGAAUACUGACCAGUGUAAAAAGAGUCUGACUGCUGUUUCUUAAACCGGUUUGGGACCCGAAAUGGAUCAGGGGACUCAAAUGUGGUGCUCACCAUAUCACUGGAGCCAGAUUAUGAAAUGGGUCCUUAAAAAAGACUCUGAGUAGAAAAUGCUGAAGAACUCCUACCAGACACAGGAAGUGUGUAAUAUGUGCUUCUGUGCUCUAUUUACACCGAGGACCUACAUGUGAAAUAACCCUCAUAAGCUCCCUCGCUGACUGAACUCUCUAUCUGCAAUCUUACAGCUAUAUUAAAAGCUAACCUCUAUAUUGUAGUCAAUGGAUGUGUGUUGUUUGAAGUUGUGGUAUGUAUGGAAAUGAUCUGAUUUGGAUACAGACUACUGUACGUUAUGUGUUUGCCUGUCUGCUGUUAAAGUAUUACUAAAAUGUGUACAAUUCUGUUCAUGUGUUCCUUUUCAGUUCUGUUUACUGUUACAGGAUGUACAUAAUGAUCAAGUGCAGUGCACAGAAAUAAAUAGUAAACAGAA